CGAAUGUCAUCCUUGCACAUGCGUAUGUGAGCGGUGGGCGGAGUUUACCAGUCGGUCAGGAAGAGGAGAAAGGCGGACACAGAAACAUCAAGCGAUGGCUGCUAUCAGGAAGAAGUUGGUGAUAGUUGGGGAUGGUGCGUGUGGGAAGACAUGUCUUCUCAUCGUCUUCAGUAAGGACCAGUUCCCAGAGGUCUAUGUCCCAACUGUGUUUGAGAACUAUGUGGCAGACAUUGAAGUGGAUGGGAAACAGGUAGAGCUAGCACUUUGGGAUACAGCAGGUCAGGAAGACUAUGACAGACUGAGGCCUCUCUCCUACCCCGACACUGAUGUUAUCCUCAUGUGCUUCUCUGUAGACAGCCCUGAUAGUUUAGAGAAUAUUCCCGAGAAGUGGACACCUGAAGUGAAACACUUCUGUCCAAAUGUUCCCAUCAUCCUGGUGGGCAAUAAAAAAGAUCUGCGUAAUGACGAGCACACUAGACGAGAGCUUGCCAAAAUGAAACAGGAACCAGUUAAAUAUGAAGAUGGCAAAGAGAUGGCGAACCGCAUCAGCGCCUAUGGCUACCAAGAGUGUUCUGCCAAAACCAAAGAUGGUGUGAGGGAAGUCUUUGAGAUGGCAACUAGGGCAGCACUGCAGGCCAAGAAACGUUGCAAGAAGUCUUCCUGCCUUCUGUUAUAGGCUCUCAGAGAAGAGGGAGUGGCCAUUAAGCACAGAUGGAGAAGGCUGCUUCCACUGAUAUUAAACAUGGGGGGAAUAUUGGGGAGGGCCCUGAAAAGUUUUGCAGACAUUCAAUUUGUGACCACCCGAUUAUCCUCAGCAAAUUAAAGCUGGUCUUAAAUGAUUUGAUAGGCUUUUACACCUUGGUCCUUGGUCUAUAAAUUAGGUUAUGUGCCAUUUUGCUUUAGUCUAUCAAAAACUUUCAGAUCUAGAAGCUUGUAGGGCAGGUGGUGGGGGUGAUUUGAAGUUGAUUAGAUUUAAACUGGUUGAAAUGUGCCAUAAUUGGAAUGAAGAGAGAAGAUGGUCUUAACAGGCCAAAGACAAUGGGGACAUGAGAAAGAAAGACAGAAAAAAGACAUAAAUAUAAAAUAGGUUUGAAUUAAAACCAUGUCUAAGUGGAUUUUUACACAGUAUCGCCUACAUGUAGUGCCUUGAGAGCAGUGGUCAAGAAGAGUAAGUUGUGGGGUUGGGAUUCAUAACUUCAGUAGGGUAUUAUUUUGUCCACACAUCACAUUCGUGAAUGCUUUCUCCCUGUCAUUGGCUUGGCUCCUUCAGGCCCAUAUUCUGACUCAGGCGCUAUGCAGGGGUAUGCCUAAACUAGAUUGUAUGAGAUAUUUUCCCAUACUGAAUCACUUACCUGUGCUUAAGAAUGUGUGUGUGUGUGUGUGUGUGUGUGUGCACGCGUGCAACUGUAUGGUGGUUUCUUUACUCCAAUGCAGGUUUGCAUGCAGUGAAUGUGUGUAUUAACAUAUGUGUCUAUGUACUGUAAGCAUAGAAAGGCCUUCUGCGUCACUGACCCUAACCCCUUGUUUCCAUGCCAAAGUUACCCCUAAUGGCCUCAUUUUAUGGCUCAGAUGGGUAAUGAAAUUUAACAGCUACUUGGAGUGACAUAGAAACCUUCACUUUACUGGAAGACAUUGUACAAUAUGUAGAGGCACAAUCAGGUUAAACAUAUGAGUUUUUAGGACCUUUUUUGUGUGUACCAUUUGAUUGUGUUAAUCAGUGGGUCAAAUCAUGAGUGAUAUAGUUGAUAAGUUGAAUAUUCUUUCAGAUAGAUGAUAGGCUUAUCUUUUCACUAUAAUGCCCAUUAUGUACUGUAUGUCUUACAAGGCCUUGUAAGGGCAUGUUAUUGAUGUGUAUUUCAAGUUUGCCUUUUACUCAACUCUCCCCAUUCCCCCUUUAAUGAUAUUGUCAUUAUUGUACUAUAACUUUUUAUUGUUGAUGUUUCAAAUUUUCUUAGUAUAUUGUAAUCAUUUUACUUAAUCUUGCUGUUAUGAUUAGCUUAUGUCAAUAAUAAAUUGCAACUGUAGUAGUUGUUUCGUUUAAUCCAUUGAAGGUAAAGCUUAGGGUGUAAGGCUAGAAUUUGGGGGUGGGCUGCUGUAGCAGGUUUUUUCUUUUUCUUUUUUCUUUCUCUUUUUGCCCUGUGACAUAUUAGGAUUUUCUGGAUUAUUUCCCCCCCAAUAAAGAUGAAAUUAGGAUUUUCUUGUAAGGUAUUUAUGUGUUUGAUCCAUAAAUUCAGAUAUAAUUACAGCAAUCCAAUCCCAACAUUCCCGGCAUUCUUUUUCCGACCCAAAUAAAAACACUCAUAACCUGUCAAAA